GUCGCAGCAGGAUCGCAGUUUCCUUGCACGCGUCACAUUUUUUGUGCUACUCACACAGGAUACACAACCGCAUUUGGCUUGAAAGAAGAAAUUUCGAUAAUCAAAAAACAAAGAAAAAAAAAACAAACAAAAAAACAUAAAUUUUUCUGCCUAUGGCUGGGUGUUAGGCCCCACUUCUUGGGUGUAAAAACAAAGAAAAAAAAGAAGAAAAUUGCGUUCACUUAAAAUAAAUUGUAGCAGUGCGUAAAAAGUGAAAAUUUAUUAACCUAUGUGUAUGUACAAGUCUGUGAACUGGGAGAUGCCUCAGGCAACAGUUGAAAUACCACUUGAAAGCAUUUAAGCAAAAACAAAAAAAAAACAGUUCUUAUGUGACUUAAAGGCGUAGAAACCAACAAAUCAAAUUUGGGAAAAAUCAUAAAAAAAAAAAUUAAAGCGCUUUCCUACAGUGUUUCAGUGUAAAUCGGCAUUAACAGCAACACCGUUAUAGCGUUGCAAAAACGAAGUCAUGGAUAGUUCACCCGAUCUAUCCUUGAAGUUACGUCGUGGCUCGAGCGAUUCACGUGACAACUUCUACAUGGAUUUUGCGCAAGGCAUUGACUCUGACAUCGAGGAGGUGGAUAAUAGCGCUUUGGCGCUUGAGCCGCAACAGCCACCGCCACCACCCUUGCCCGUUAUGGCGCCUGAAGAUGCACUUGGUGCUGGCUUUAUACCGCCUCCGCCGCUGCCCAUGCAGGGCCAACCGCUGCCAACACUCACCGAACACGAUGAUCUACCACCAACACCACCACCACAUCACCCCACUGACACCGCAGUCGAUUCGCCACCCGCUUCGCCUACUUCAUCGGUACUCGAAAUGAUACCACCACCACCACUAUCACCACCUAUGGCAACACCGCCUCCACCAGUACGCGCCAUGGCACCACCUUCGCCACCCAUUGAAACCGAAGAUGAGGGAGAUGACGCCGAUGUAGAUGAGGAGGAAGAAGAGGAUGAUGAUAAGUCAACUCCGCCACCUCCAUUGCCACCACUGCCAUCGAAUUUUUCUUAUGUGCAUGGCAAUGGUGCGCAUGGCGUGAACGGUGUUACACCACCGACGACCAAGUCGCCCUCAACAUCACCAUCACCACCAGACACCCCACCGCCAUGUCCUAAAAUGACAUUACCCAUGAAGUUGGCCUCGCCACCUCCACCUAUGCACGCACAAGCGCCAUUGCCAUUGACACCGCCUUCGGAGAGUGAUCAAUCUCAACCUAAUUCACCGCCACCACCAUUGCCACAGCAUGCCGCCCUACCACAAUCACCACCACGUUCGGUUGGUUCACCUACCAGCUCAGCUGGCUCGCAACCACGCUCGAUUGGUUCGCAACAGCGCGUCGUUGUGGGUUCACCACCGCACUCCACAAGUUCCCAACCACGUUCCGUGGGCUCACCGCAGGGCUCGAUUGGUUCACCGCCACGCAGUAGAGAACUUGCAAUGGACGAUGGUCCAGCUACACCGUCACCAGAUUUCGGUGAGCCAAGCGAUGUUAUAGCCGCCGCUUUGGCUGCCGCGGUUGAAGUGAAGUCAGCUGAGCUAAUUCAAGGUAUUACCUAUGGCACUGCCUACCAUAUGAUCGAUGAGACCAAAUCAUCAAAUGAAGAUGAAUCCACCACUAUAACCACUCCUCCGAGCAAUGGAUAUUCAGCUUCUUCCAUCAUUCCGCCACCAGCUGAUCAGUUAGGUGAAUUGGAACAAGAUACUGGCAUGAUGUUAGCUGAUAUACCGCCACCACCAGGAAUGGAAGAUGAAUUACCUAUCGAAGAACAGGAAGAGGAAAUGGAAGUAGAAGAAGAUGCUAAAAAACAGGCGGCAGAACUUAUGGAAGUCGAUGAAAUUAUUGAAGAUGAACAAACGUCAAGUGAAAAAACUCCAAUCUCCGAGCGUCAACUGAGCGACGCUAUAACCGAGGAUCACACAACCGCCGAUACGCCAGCAGACGAGAUAGUUGAGACACGUGGCACUCCGACAUCACAGGCAACACCACGCGGCACGCCACAUCCUACACCGCCAACUUCUGGUUCGCCUAAGAAAAAGCGUAGUAGUGUUACCGGCAGUGGCGGAAGCGGCUCGGGUAGUCGCAGCGCUAGUCGGAGUGCUAGCCAUAGCGGUAGUCAUGGCAGCGGUAGUCGUAAUGCCAGUCGCAGCGGUAGCGUACGCGGCAGUGUUGCAUCUCGUGCUGGUAGUAUUGCAGCUGCCUCGGUGGCAUCGGCCGCAGCAUCCAUUGCAUCGGGCUCGCAACCGGUCAUUGAAGCAGUAGCAUCUACAGUUGCCGUGGCAUCACCACAACCCUCAGUUAAAUCGAUACGCAGUCAACCGUCGAUAAAGUCGUCGUACUCGAAACAUAGCGCUUCGCCACCGGUGAUGAAAAGUCCGCCUGAGGGCGAUCGGCCACCGGUAAUGCCAUCGCCACCAGCGAUGCGUUCACCACUGCUCAUGAAGAGUCCACCAUUGAUGCAUAGUCCACCGAAGGUGACCAGCCCACCAAGAGUGUAUAGUCCUCCAUUGGUAGGUAGUCCACCUACGCGUAAAACGGAUUCCUUGGAUUUGAAGAAAGAAGACGUAGAAAGACCAACGAAAGGCCCAGUUGCAAGGUAAGUAAAUAAUUUGCAAUUGUGAAUUUACUAUCCAAAUGGGAAAAUCACUUUUGUCGGAUGUAAUGGAAAUUGUUUACAUUUUAUUAUGC